UGUUUAAACAGUAUGGUAGCUCCGAGUUUACAGCUGAUUUAAAAAAGCGAGAAUGGUUUAUCUGAGAAGCUUUGAUAUAAUGGUUAAAUGAGGAAGGUUAUCAAACAUAAAAAAUUGUGUUAUUACAAAAAAUGCGGUUCCCAUCAAAUAAAACACUUGGAAAAAUUGCUGUGUACGGAGCAGUUGCUUCCAUUUCGGCUGCUAUGUAUAUGCAACAUAAAAUGAAGGAUCGCAUAAGAAAUUCCGAAUAUUUUCGUUUAGCCGUCCAGGCUUUGAGGAAACACAGAGGUGCUUCAAGUUUACUGGGUGAACCUAUUAGAGAAAUUGGCUUUGAUUUAGGUGAUACCAAAAAUUUUGCAGACGGAAAAAAUGCACAGUUUGAAGUACGUGUGAAAGGCGCUAAAGAUAAAGGUAAGAUGUUCUUUUGGGCGACACGGACACCUGAAGAAGGUUGGUUGUUGGAUCGUUUAGAACUGGAGCUGCAAUCACAACCCGAAAAACGUUUCCUAAUAAAGAAAGCUGAAAUUCUAGAGAAGUCUGAAUGAAGUUAUAAAGAAUCAACUUCGGAGAAUAUCCCAAAAAUAGUAAGCAAAAGUUGACUAUCCAUUGGUUACAUCCUCUGACUGAAUAUAUAGACGUAACAGAUGCUGUUAGAACGAGAACAGCAACGCAACAUCAUGUUGACAUACAUAGCAAUUAUUAUGUUAUUUUAGUAAAAUGAAAAUAUAGCAAAUAUAUAAAAAUAAAUGGCGUAAAAUUUAAGGCUGAAAAUAAAAAAUUAAAAUA